AUGUGGUGGUAUCGUCCUUCAGGUUGCCAUUGUUGUUGGAAGCGCAGCCCUCGCUUAGACGAAUUUAGCGCCACACCAACUACUUCAACUCUUCGUCAACCUCUCUCGUCAAUCUCUCUUCGUCAACCUCUCUUCGUCAACCUCCCUUCGUUAACCUCUUUCACUUCCCUCCCUUCAAGUCUCAUCAACCUCAACGGAGAAUACCAGAUCUAUCGAGAUCACUUCCGCCCUUCGUUACCGGACAAGCAACCUAAUUGUAACAUCAAACAACGUCACUGGACAACUCUCAUUCGAAAGGCCCUACUGCUACGGCAACACUAUCACUGCAAUUCGCAGAUCUCCAUCCUCGCACGUUCCAUCCCUCGCAACCGCCAUUUCAGUCGUCUUCCCUCCCAGCAGACCAUGAACUGA